UGAUACUCGUAAUUUACUCAGUUUGGAUUUCCUAAAACUACAUGAGAUAACAGCGUUUAUUUACAAACUUGACAAGACUGUAUGAUUCUGAUUUCAAUGUUAACUUUGAUCUUUAAUAUCAGAUGAGUUUUGUGAUUGAUAAUAAUGAUGACGGCGGUGCCAGGCUGUUGGUAUUCUAAGAUAAAUACAUUCUUCCUGCUUACCUUGUUCUAUGUCAUGCAGAACCCCACUCGUGCCAUAUCAGUGUCGAGAUAUUACCUGUUGUCACGUGACAGGGCUAUAUUACAACACAAUCAACAAAUUGUGUCAAGAAAAGCACGAAUGAUCGGCGAUAUCUCAUAUGAAAACAGUGAACUGUUAAUGCCAUUCUCGGAAAUAGACAAACAUUUUGUUGAACAAGAUUUUAUAAUGUCGCACAGACAUAGCUGCCCAUCUCUUUCUGAUUUUAACACAACAACAAUUAAAGUGUGUCCCUCAUAUAGGGUUCUAGAUGUUGAUGUUAAUAGAGAACCAGUCGCUCUUUAUCAGGUUCUGUGUAGAUGUUUACAUUGCCUAGCACCAUGGGUUCACUACCAUACACCUAGACGAUGCACACCUUUGUUCUAUUUUCUUCAAGUACGGCGUGUCAUUGGAAGGACAAGCUCUGGGAACAUUUUAUAUGCACAGGUAUGGGAACCGGUUUCUUACGCAUGCGCAUGUACCAGUAGAAUACAUGGACGAACACGUUAUGUUUCUCCACCUUAAUAUUUUCUGUUUAAUUAUGUUACUCGUUAUGUUUCUCCACCUUAAUAUUUUCUGUUUAAUUAUGUUACUCGUUAUGUUUCUCCACCUUAAUAUUUUUUCUUUCAUUAUGGUACUCCUUAUGGUUCUCCACCUUAAUAUUUUCUGUUUAAUUAUGUUACUCGUUAUGUUUCUCCACCUUAAUAUUUUCUCUUUAAUUAUGUUACUCGUUAUAAUUCUCCACCUUAAUAUUUUCUAUUUCAUUAUGUUACUCGUUAUGUUUCUCCACCUUAAUAUUUUCUGUUUCAUUAUGUUACUCGUUAUGUUUCUCCACCUUAAUAUUUUCUCUUUAAUUAUGUUUGCUUUCCCAGUGUGAUUUUAAUGAAGUAAUGUAAAAAUGUAACCUUAUUUAUUUAUGCAAGGAUCAAUUGUUAUAUCUCAAAUGUACAAUUCUUGAACUUUGCUCUUGGUUAAACUAAUGUCUUUUGAACAAUACAUAUGUACAUGCAUAAAAGUGGAGAGGUGUGUCAACAGAACAAAACAAAAAAUAUGCUUCAUUCAUUUAGGAAUUUAGCCAAAAUGACCAAAAUUCUUUACCCACAUAUCAACAUUGUGUAUAUAAGGUAAAAAAUACAAUGUUCAGAUAGUUAUAACAAUAAAAUUAUUUAUUUUAUGCUUACCAAUGAGACACCGGGUUUUAUCCUUAUGAAGAAAUCCAUAUCACCCGCGGUAAAACACCCAAAUAUUAUUAGAUUAUUACACAUUUUUGAGUACCAUAAUGAAUUACAAAUUUAGAUUUUCAGUCCAGUGAAAUCAGUAUGAUAACCAACAAUAUAUUAUGAACAAUUCACGCCACCAAUUCUUAAACAGAAAACACUCUGAAUUAAAAAAAAAUCUCAGACAAGAUUGUCUUUGUAUUAGAAUUAGAGUACGAAUAUCUGCACUCUAGAAAUUAUUGGCAAAAUAAAAUAAAACAUUUUUGUUUAUCCUCAAGCCUAAAGUUACUAAGAGUUUUUUUAUACUUGACUUAAAUAUUAUCCGCAUGCGGUUAGUAAUGACUAAAGUUUUAACGCUUUUCACUAUACAUAUUAAUAUUUAUAAAUGUUCUUAUUUUCUAAAAAUAUACGUUCCUGUGAUAGUUUUGUUUUGUAUCCACAUAUACCCAGUACAUGUAGAAUUCAAUAUUAUUCUGAUAUUCCAUUUGUAUUUAGAAGACCUUCAUUUUGUCCAUAAACUGCUUUUUAUUAAUUAAUAUAUACUUCGGAUUGCUGCAUUGACGUGCCAAUUAAUAAGUUAUUUCACAUUAUUUUAUUGAAUUGUUAUAUAGAUGUGCCCAGAAAUUGUUUAUUUAUGUUUUAUCAUUAUAUCUUUAUCAGUCAACAUUUACAAGCUAUUUAUCACAUUGUUACAGAUAUAAAAAUCUAUUUAUUUAUUGUUUACAAAAAAAUGUUAAAUGUUAACAUGUUUAUCAUAUAUAGUUAGCGAAAAUAAAUUUGUUAAUUUAUUUC